AUGCCAUUCGAAAAGUGUCAUUUAUGCAGUCAAGUCGGAGAUUCUCCUCUGAAUAGUUGGAUUUUGAAGUCAGAUAGCUUCUAUUCAACCCAAACACCUCUCUCCUUUUCUCAUUGUAGAAUUAUGAUGCUGACGGUGAUCCGUAAUACCAAAUCCCCCGUGAAGUUCUGGUUCCUCAAGAACUACCUCUCGCCGUCAUUCAAGGAAUUCAUCCCCUACAUGGCAGAGAAGUAUGGAUUCGAGUACGAGUUGGUGCAGUACCAAUGGCCACGAUGGCUGAAUGCUCAAACUGAGAAGCAGCGCAUCAUUUGGGGCUACAAAAUCCUCUUUCUUGAUGUCCUUUUCCCACUCAAUGUCAAGAAAAUUAUCUUUGUCGACGCUGAUCAGAUUGUACGCACAGACCUACAAGAGCUUGUAAAUCUCGAUUUGGAAGGAGCACCUUACGGCUACACCCCCUUCUGUAAUGAUCGCAAGGAGAUGGACGGUUUCCGAUUCUGGAAGACAGGCUACUGGCAGUCCCACCUAGGCAAUCGACCGUAUCAUAUCUCUGCUCUCUAUGUGGUCGAUUUGGUCCGCUUCCGCAAGAUGGCGGCUGGUGAUCGGCUUCGUGGGCAGUACCACGCCCUCUCCAGGGAUCCCAACAGUCUUUCCAACUUAGAUCAAGAUCUCCCCAACAAUAUGAUCCACCAAGUUCCGAUCAAAUCACUACCUCAAGAGUGGCUCUGGUGUGAGACUUGGUGUUCCGAUGCAAGUAAGGAGAAAGCCAAGACUAUCGAUUUAUGCAACAACCCAUUGACUAAGGAACCCAAACUUAAGGCUGCAAAGCGUAUAAUUCCCGACUGGACUUCUUUCGACGAAAAAAUCAAGGGACUCCAAGAGGAAUUCUCAAAAUCCAAGGGAAAAGAAGCGCCAGUAUCCACGACGACAACUCCAGCUCCCCGGGUUGUCACAACCGAACAAUCAGGUAUUUUCUUUUUGUUUCACUUAAACUAUAUUGUCUCCCCCUUUAUUUCCCAAUUCUCCUAG